GCCGCCCCAGAGCCGGCCCCCGCCCAGGCCCCCAGUCCCCACCCGCCCGCCCACCCAUUCACCCAUCCCGGGCCCGCGGGGUUGUUAGAUGGAACACGGCUCCAUCAUCACCCAGGCGCGGAGGGAAGACGCCCUGGUGCUCACCAAGCAAGGUCUGGUCUCCAAGUCCUCUCCCAAGAAGCCUCGUGGACGUAACAUCUUCAAGGCACUUUUCUGUUGCUUCCGUGCCCAACAUGUUGGCCAGUCAGGCUGCAACAAUGAGCUCGCCUCAUACAAGGAGGAAACCAACACCAUUGCCAAGUCGGAUCUGCUCCAGUGUCUUCAGUACCAGUUUUACCAGAUCCCAGGCACAUGCCUGCUCCCGGAGGUGACGCAGCAAGAUCAAGGCAGAAUCUGUGUGGUGAUUGACUUGGAUGAGACCCUCGUGCAUAGUUCCUUUAAGCCAAUCAGCAAUGCUGAUUUUAUAGUGCCUGUGGAGAUUGAGGGGACCACUCACCAGGUAUAUGUGCUUAAGAGGCCUUAUGUGGAUGAGUUCCUGAGGCGAAUGGGGGAGUUGUUUGAGUGUGUCCUCUUCACUGCCAGCCUGGCCAAGUAUGCUGACCCUGUGACUGAUCUCUUGGACCAGUGUGGUGUGUUCCGGGCUCGCCUCUUCCGGGAGUCUUGUGUGUUCCACCAGGGCUGCUAUGUCAAGGACCUCAGCCGAUUAGGGAGAGACCUGAGGAAAACCUUGAUACUGGACAAUUCUCCUGCCUCAUACAUCUUCCACCCAGAGAACGCAGUACCUGUGCAAUCCUGGUUUGAUGACAUGGCAGACACGGAGCUGCUGAAUUUGAUCCCCAUCUUUGAGGAGCUAAGUGGAGCAGAAGAUGUUUAUACUAGCCUUGGGCAGCUGAGGGCACCGUAGCCUUCUCAAGCUUGUCAGCAUCUAGGACUGCAGGGGACUGUGACACACUGUGCCUUCGGUAUCAGCCAGGAAGGGAUGGCGGAAACAGGAAGCAGGGAGAAACAAUUGUAAAGUGAGUUAGGGCAGGUUAGAUGACAAUAUGGGCUAACAGCGGACCAGUGACAACUAGUACCCCCUGCUCCAUGACAUGGGCACUAGAGGGACACACUUGUGAGCAUGUAUGUGUGUGUAUGUGUAUGACACCGACACCUUCUCGCCUUGACAUGAUGAUUCAGGUGGGAGAAGAGUCAAACGGUCAAGGGUCAGACUCCACUGAGCCAGAGCUCGUCUCCUAGAGAGUCAGUCCAAGAGCCAUUGACCUUUCGUGGGAACAAAGACCAGUCAGUGCUCUAUUGCCAAACCUCGAGUCUUCCCUGAUAUGCAGGGCCUGUGCCAAGGAGGUGGGGAUAUGCUGCUGUCAGCAUAAUAUGUGGGCAAACUGGCACCAGAUCCACAUGCACACUGUUCAAAAACUGCUCGGGACCUGUGGUGACCGUGGCAAAAAGAGAUUGUUUCUAAAACAUCCUAGGAGCCUAGACCUUAGCCUCACAAGCAUGGCCAUGAGAUGAGGGUCAGGUCCAAGGGGCCAUCACUGCCACCCACCAAGAGCUCCUCCCUGGCCUUCUCCCACUAGCCUUUCCCUCAACUUCACACCCCCGUUACAUUUCUGAAACCAUGGACAAGAGACUCCCCUACUCUCAAAGGAGGAUAGAGAAUUGAUUUCACAUGAUGGGACUCUGUUUUAAAGUUCUCUUUCUAAAAAUGGAUUGUGGGGCUUGGUUUGUUGCUGAAAGAAGCUUGGGCUUGGGGUGAAAGCAAAGGAAUGAGGGAGUCAGAGGCUCAAGAGGAAUUUUCAUAGCCAGAAUUUCUAUUAUUCUGAGUCGUGGAUCAGAUUAUAGAUCUUGAGAGAAGUCUAGAGAACAGUUCUUUUCAGGAAUCCUUCUUCAGAGGAACAGGAGGGAGCAGUUUUAAUGUCAUUGAAGCUCUUCCAAUUCCUUGAGCAGAAUCCUUUCCCAUUUCAUCUUCCAAGCAGUUGACUUUUGGGAGGGAUGGGAUGGUGAGGCCUUUGCAUGGGCAGCCCCAUGGACACCUACGUCCUGUAGGUAGGAAAUAAACAAGAACCAACAGUUGGUUCUCUUCCUUGUGGUAUGCUGGCUUCCUGCAAAUGCCUUAGUAACACAGAAAAGAAAGGAGACCCAGGGCAUGCUCAGAUGUGAGCUUUCUAAAUCAGUAUGCACUUCAGAGUCAGCAUGAUGUUAGGGGCUCUUUUAUUUAAAAAGCAUUCAUUCUUAUUAAGCCACAUGUACAGAAUGGAAUCGCUUUCCAAGUUUGGAGAACUCUGAUGUAUUGGGAAACACUUUUGGGAUUUCAUAAGGCGAACCCCAAGUAAGCAGCACUAUCUUGUAAUCACAUUCUGCUAUAGCCUUGGCUUCUGCUGAAAUGGGUGUGGUGUGGAACCUAAAGGAAGAUCACCUAAAAGGUAAUUAGGAGCCAAUUUCCUUACCUUUCCCUGAAGAAACUCCACACUGCUUAAGGUACAGUACACUUAAAACUUAGGAUUCUUCCCCACCAUUCUCUUUGACUUUCAGAUGUUUUCUUGGGGGUGGGGGUUGGUGUUGGGGGGUGGGGAGAGCUUCAGGAAAUAGCCAGUUGGAUGAAAAUCAGGGAGAGCAGCUGUUUUGUGUUUUGGUAUGCAUUCUGGUUAUAGUCCCUCUUUAACCUAAUCUUUGGUGCCAAUUCUGGUUCCCUCCAUUGCUGCUUUCAGGUUUCCAUCUUUUCUCCUUGGGUUUUAUACCAAGAUGGUGCCAUGGAGCACAUAUCCAGGGACCUAAAAGCUGUGUAGAUCUAGAACAAAAUUUCCAGAGUCCAUUUUCUCUCUCUAGCUACUUCUCUGUGGCAGCUUUUCCUAAGACUGGUUCUCCUGAGUAUAAAUGGAGGGUGAGUCUGGGUGCUGACAGAAACCUACCAACCAACCACGGCCAGUUGUCAUGGUGGGGGGGAGGGGGGACACACGUAGAUUUUGAACUUGAUCCUCCCUACCUCCAGGCUAUUAUCUACUAGCUUCUCAAGGUUGAGUGAGCAGUAGUGAAAACAUUCCUGACGUCUGGUCCAAGCCCACCUGCCUUUGCCAUUAGGAGCUUGGAGACCUGGACCUCCUGAAACGUACAUGAGCAAUAAUGAAAGACGACUGCUGAAAGACAUUCCUAAGCCUCUAUUCCGGGGCCGCUCCCUUGCUGCCCUGAGUCUGGUUCUAAAGAAGGUAGGGGGAGGGGUAAUGCUGACAUUCCUUUAUAUUGCCUCUACUGAGAUGCCCUUUAAGUGACCUGCAACAAAUAUCGAUACUCCCUGGCCCACUGGUCCACACACUCACUGUAUUUCGUAGGAAGCCCUGUGUACUUGGCAUCCCUGCACUACAGCCACUAGCUACUACUCAGCUGUAAAUAUGCCAUUCACCCUGGCCCCUCUGUCCAGUCUUCAUGGUCUUCCAGCUAAAGCAUGUUCCCUUAGAGAGCUGUUACCUCAUUCACCUCAACUAGAUUUGAACAGGACCUUAUGCCAGGCCUGCCAGAAGUAGUUUGGAACAGUAGUUUGGGAAGGUUUGGCAGGGUUUUCAAAGCCUGGUCCCAAGAGGAGUUACUACUGAAGUAAUGGCAGGUUUACUCUUGGAAUGAGCCAGGGCUAGGGGAAAAAGUGUUCUCUUUCCCCUGUGGGUCCCAGUGGGUACACCCAUUACCCCCACCCUUACUUUAAAGAGGUCCAGAGUCCUUAAGCAAGUGGAGGGCUUCUCUCCAAAGGGUGACCAGAGUUCUUUACCUCACUUGGCUAUGAGCAGAGCUCAGUCAAGGUGCCCUAUUUAAACUAGGUCUCGGCUAACGAGCUAAUGCUUCAUUAGAGAGAUCUUCCUACACAUAGACCAACCAUUCCAGGAAUACACCCUUCUGCCAAAUUUUGUUUUUUAUAUUGCCUCUUCAGUGACAACAAUAGUUGUCUCUGAUUGGGCUUCUCUUUAGAAAGAGCCUGAUGUUCACAUCCCUCUCAUAGGGGGAAGCUUUAAACGAAGGGCCAGUUUGGGAAAGCGUCAGGGUUAAGCAUCUCAACUCUGCACAUUGUAGAGAGGAUGCUCUUCAGAGGCCUGUCGAUCCCAGGCUGGGGAGGCAAACAGAGCGAUGUCCUCGACCUGAAGGAGUUUUUGAGAAUUGGACCAUGAACUCGAGUGUUUUAAUUGUUGAACGGGGAAAGAAAUAUCCUUCGGUAAAUUUGCCUUAAGAGUUGUCUGGGACUUUUAGCUCCCUCCUGCCUCCCAAAGAUGUUGACUAUUUUGUAAACUUGUAAUUUUACCUUUAUUGUUUUAUAUAAGAACCCAGAAACUUUGGAUAUGCUAAUCAUGGAAAGUCUAAAAAAGUAGCCAGCCCCCUGGCCCUUCACUGCCCUGCCCCAUUGCCUUCUUUCCUGGGAGCCCCUUGUGCCAUAUUAAAGAAUUCUCCAUGCCCAAGUCAUGGGUAGAACUUCUCCCUUUGUAUUGAACCAGUAAGGUUUGGGAAAAUUGGGAGACUAGGUACCUCUGUACAAUUCCCACUGCCUCCAGGGUGUCUGGGGAGAAUAAGGGGAACCCAGGGUGUUUGGCUUGUUUGUUAGUGCAGAGUCCCAGGCUCUCAUGGACUUCAUUCAUGACUCGGUCUCCUCUGCAGAACAGGGCUCUCAAAAGCAGGUGGCUUCACUCAAACCUGGAUUCUGCAGGGGUGCUGGUUGGCCAGCCCCCUUCUCUAAUGAAUCCAGGCCUUUUUCCCUGGAGAGGACACACCUUUCUCUUCCAGCCUCAAAGGCAAGCUUUUCUGCUUGAAAGGACCCUAGGUGUGAGAGUUACUCUUUCUUGUGCUGCUUUUCCACUUGAGGGAAUGCUGGAUUUGGAGGGUAGAGGGGGGACUGCGCCCCCACAUCACCUGUGCUAUAGGAUUUCUGACUACCCUGGUUACAGAUUAAUGGUUUCUUGGAGAAAUUUGUUUUAUUCCAAAACUUGAAAUGUUUGAUGCCAUUAAGUGUCUGUUUAUAUUUUUGGAAUAUUUGUAUUACUUGCAAUUAAAUAAUAAAAAGGUGUUUUUUAAAAAAAAAAACCCAGCCAG